UGCUAUGCCAGCUGAAUGCGUGAAGGUUAUAGUUAGAGUCAGACCCUUCAAUUAGAAGGAGAGAGACAAUGGUAGCAAGCCAUGUGUCAAUGUUUACGAAAGUACAAAUUCUGUUGAACUCUUUAGAGUAAUAAUGAAAAUUAUACUAUUGCUAGAGUUAGGACAAUGAUAAAAAACAGUUUACAUACGAUUACGUAUUUGGACCAGAGACUCCUCAAAUUUAAAUAUAUUAAUAGACUGCGUUUAAUUUGGUAGAGUCAGUUGCUGAAGGGUACAACGGUACCAUCUUUGCCUAUGGUCAAACCGGUAUUGAAUAUGUAUUAUCAUUUAGGUUGUGGAAAGACCUUCACAAUGAUUGGAGAUCCAUUAAAUGUAUAUUCAAUCACAUAAACCUUAGGAUAACAUGAAAGGAAUAAUACCAAGAACUUUUGAAUAGAUAAUCAACAUCAUCAACAACAAUUCAGAUUCCAAUAAGAAGUUCUUGUUGAGGUGUUCAUACAUGGAAAUUUACAAUGAAGAAAUACAUGAUUUGUUGAGUAAGGAUGUUAAAUAGAGAUAUGAAUUAAAGGAAGGACAAUAAGGACUCUAUGUUAAGGAUUUGAAUAUUCCCAUUGUCAAAACAUUACAAGAUAUGGAUAAAUAUAUGGCCUUGGGAGCAUAGAAUAGAUCAGUAGGUGCAACAGCCAUGAAUAAGGAAUCAAGUAGGAGUCAUUGUAUUUUUACAGUAUAUAUUGAAUGUUCAAUGACUGAUGACAAGGGAAAUGAACGCAUUACUGCUGGCAAACUGAACCUAGUAGAUCUAGCAGGAAGUGAGAGACAAUCUAAAACCUAGGCAACAGGGGAUAGAUUGAAAGAAGCAACCAAAAUUAAUUUGUCAUUGUCUGCCUUGGGAAAUGUGAUUUCAGCCUUGGUUGAUGGUAAGACUCAACACAUUCCAUACAGGGAUUCUAAAUUAACAAGAUUAUUGUAGGAUUCACUAGGUGGUAAUACCAAAACCAUAAUGAUCACUGCCAUCUCUCCCUCUGAUUUCAAUUAUGAUGAGACAUUGUCAAGUCUAAGAUAUGCUUCCAGAGCCAAGAUGAUCAAGAAUUAACCAAAAGUAAAUGAGGAUCCCAAGGAUGCACUAUUAAAGGAAUAGGCUGAGGAAAUUAAGAAACUUAGAGAAUUAUUGCUCAGACAAAACUAGGACAAUGGAGAUCGACAGAAUGUUGUUGAGAAGAAUGCAAAAUUAAAUAGUGUUGAUGAAAGUCAUAAUGAGCAAAUAAAUCAAUUCAAAGAGAUUAACAAUCAAUUACUAUAGGAGAAACAGAGAUAUGAGAAUGAAAUGAAGUAAAAAAGUGAAUAAGCUGAACAAGAGAGAUUGGCAAGGUAGAGAUUGGAAGAAUUGUUGAAGGAGAAGGAGUAGAUGAUGAUCAAGGGUGGCAAAGGAACAGAUGAUGACAAGAAAAAAUAUAAGAAAAUGCAAUAGGCUAUAGAACAAUAGAAGAAGGAACAUGAAUAAUUGAAAAUUCAAUAGGAAUUAAAGGAAAAGGAAAUGCUUGAGAUCGAAAAUAAAUACAAUAGUGUAUAGGAUGAAGUUGAUAAAUUAAGGAAACUGGUCAAAUAUUUAAAGAAUAAAUACGAGUAGUAAUUAUAAGACUAAAAUGAAAUGAAAUAAGAUUUUGAAUAUGAUAAGGAAGAGUUAUUGGAUACCAUUAGAUCUUAGUCUAAAGAAAUCAAAUUGUAUUCUGGGAUUUUGAAGAUGAUUCUAUAACAAGAUGACAUUGACAAAAUUACUAAUAGUUGUGAAUGGGAUGAUGAAUCGGAAGAUUACAAGAUACCUCCAUUUAACAUCAAGGCAAAGAAGGUUAACUUUCCAAAUCUGCCUUAUUAAAAAGCCAUGGAUCUAAUUGAUGUAGAAAAAUAAGAAAGACAUGUUGAAAUCCAUCAGAGAGCAUUGCCAUCAAGCUAUAGAGAUGUAGAAAACACGAGAAUUGCUUCACCUGGCAGACAGAGGAAAGGUAUAACUGUAUAUUGAAAGUAGGUGAAUCAUAACCCAGAAUGAAUGGAAACUCUGAUAACAAGGGGAUGAGUAUUGUAGAAAAAACUAAAUUAAAUUAAUAGUUGUUAGAACUUUAUGAAGGUAAAAACAAUAGAAAUCAAAGGGAUGAAUUACAAUAAUAAUAGUUAUAGAGAAGAACCAAUCAAAAGGUUAUUUUGAAUCCUAUUGAUAAUCGAGGGAGCACAGUUCCAAAUUUUAACAAUCAAUGCGAGGCAAUUAAUACCAAUAAUAACUAAAACAAUAAUUAAAACGCAUCUCAAAUUACUCCACCCUUAAUUAAGAAAAGUAAUUAACAAUUUUAUUCAAGUUUCUAAUUUAAAUCCAUUAGAAUAAAAACCACCCUCAGGAAGACAGAUUUAACAGCAAAAACUGUGAUAAUAAUAC